AUGCAGCGCCGUCGAGAGCCGGAAGAACUGAUCCCUCCUAGUGUAGACAAGGAUGACUGCCAGCGGACCGCAAUCGAAGGCCUGGGAGGUGUUGGAAAGACGCAGAUCGCGCUCGAGGCAGCUUUUUGCGUCAGCAACGCGCAUCCGGACUGCUCGGUCUUCUGGGUUCCCGCUGUGGAUGUUACUAGUUUUGAGAACGGAUAUCGUGCUAUCGGCCAGCAGCUCAAGGUACCCGGGACCGAUGAAGAGAAGGCAGACGUCAAAGCACUUGUCAAGGCAGCCUUGAGCCGUGAAAGUACCGGUAGCUGGCUUUUGAUCAUCGACAAUUCUGACGACAGGGAGCUUCUCUUUGGCGCUACUGCCCUCGCCGACUAUCUUCCAUUCAGCCGGAAAGGAUCUAUUCUGUUCACAACGCGAAAUCACGAAGUUGCGGUAAAGCUAGUCGGGCCUGAGAGUCACAUCAUCCCAGUCGAGGAAAUGAGCAGAGACGAGGCCCUUAAGCUGUUGCAGGAAUGGUUGAAGGGAGAUCAGAUGCGCGAUAUGACAAGCACUGACGCGCUGCUGGAAUUUCUUGCUAAUCUCCCUCUAGCGAUACGCCAGGCGUCUGCUUACAUGGCCGAGAAGCAGAUCUCGACUUCAGAGUACCUUGAGCUGUGCAAGUCCAGUGACGAGGAUAUGAUCGAGCUGUUAAGCCGGGACUUUGAGGACCGACAUCGAUAUAAGGGCAUCCAAAACCCUGUCGCCACAACUUGGCUGAUUUCGUUCCGGCACAUCUCAGAUCACGACCCGCUGGCAGCCGACUACCUCAGGUUUAUGUGCUUCCUAGCUGGGAAGGAUAUUCCGCAAGCUCUGCUGCCGCCGUCCGGGAGGCUAAAAACCAUUGACGCACUUGGGACUCUAAAGGCAUAUGCAUUCAUCUCACAGCACAAGGAGUCAGAUACUUACAACAUCCAUCGGCUAGUUCAAAUAUCGAUGCUCUCUUGGUUAGCUCAAAGUGGAGAGCAGGGGGAAUGGGCCGCCAAAGUGCUACAACGGCUUGCAGACGUGUUUCCUUCUCCAAAACACGAAAACAGAGAAGAAUGGAUACGGUAUCUCCCGCAUACACAGCGCGCUCUUGAGUUGCGGAAGAGCAUAGAAGACGGGGACGCACUGAUAGGUCUUAUAUUUAAUGUAGGUGACGGUCUUCACCAGUUAGGAAAAUAUGAAGAUGCGGAGCGGAUGCAUCGGCAGGCACUGGGGUUGAAGGAAAAGGUAUUGGGCAAGGAGCAUCCAGACACACUUAUCAGCAUGAACAACCUUUCGCUUGUACUCAGGAGCCAGGGGAAGAGCCAGGGGAAGUACGAGGAGGCCGAGCGGAUACACCGGCAGGAAUUAGGGUUGAGGGAAAACGUGUUAGGCAAGAGGUGGCCAGGCUCUAGCUGA